AUGGCUCCUCCUUACAUUAUUCUGUUUUUAUCACUAACUCUUGUCUCUCACACCGCGUUCACUUCCUCCACCCCCAACACCAUCACUCUCCCUCUCUCCCCUCUAUUCACCAAACCCCAAUCCUCAUCGGAACCCUUCCACUCUCUCAAACUCGCCGCUUCCGCUUCUCUAACCCGCGCCCACCACCUCAAACACCGCAAUUCUUCCUCCUUCGUCGUCGCAACCCAAGUUUACCCCAAAAGCUACGGUGGCUACUCCAUAAAUCUCAGUUUCGGAACCCCACCCCAAACCUCCCCCUUCGUUCUCGACACGGGAAGCAGCCUCGUGUGGUUCCCUUGCACCUCCCGCUACAUCUGCUCCCACUGUCUCUUCCCCAACAUCGACCCCACCAAAAUCCCCACCUUCAUUCCCAAGAACUCCUCCACCGCCAAGCUCCUCGGUUGCACAAACCCCAAAUGCGGUUACCUCUUCGGCUCAGACCUUCAAUCUCGCUGCCCCCAAUGCAUAUCCAACUCCCAAAACUGUUCCCUCACUUGCCCCGCUUACAUUAUCCAAUACGGCUCGGGUUCCACCGCGGGCUUCUUACUCCUCGACAAUCUCAAUUUCCCGGCAAAAAUCGUUCCCCAAUUUCUCGUCGGUUGCUCCAUCUUCUCCAUCCGCCAACCCUCCGGCAUCGCCGGCUUCGGACGCGGCAAAGAGUCUCUCCCUUCGCAAAUGGCCCUCAAGAGAUUCUCUUACUGCUUAGUUUCUCACCGCUUCGACGACUCGCCGGAAAACAGCGACCUUGUUUUACAAAUAAGCUCCACCGGCGACACCAAAACCAACGGCCUCAGGUACACGCCGUUUCGCCCCAAUCUCUCUGUCAACAACCCCGCGUUCCAGGAGUAUUACUAUCUUAGCCUCCGAAAGGUCAUUGUCGGGGGUCAGCACGUUAAGAUUCCGUUUAGCUUUUUGGAGCCAGGUCCUGACGGUAACGGCGGCACCAUCGUGGACUCUGGAUCCACAUUCACGUUCAUGGAAAGACCCGUUUAUGAUUUAGUGGUCCAAGAGUUUGUGAAGCAGUUGGGGAAUUAUUCCAGGGCCAAGGACGUUGAGACCCAAUCUGGGUUGAGUCCCUGUUUUAAUAUUUCCGGCGCCGAGACCGUGAAUUUCCCGGAGUUUACUUUUCAGUUCAAAGGCGGCGCCAAAAUGACGCUGCCGGUGGCAAAUUAUUUCUCGUUGGUCGGCGAUUCGGAGGUGGUGUGUUUGACAGUUGUCUCCGAAGGUGGCACCGGUCCCGCGAGGACGUCCGGUCCCGCCGUGAUUUUGGGGAACUAUCAGCAGCAGAAUUUCUACAUUGAAUAUGAUUUGGAGAAUGAGAGGUUCGGGUUCGGCCCCCAGAGUUGCAAAAGGAAAGCUUAG